GGCCGCCCCAGCGGCAUGGCGGGCGGGGCUCGGGGGCUUACCGUGCGGUUUUGUCCGCGAUCUGUGUAUGUUGUCGGCCCUGGGAUAUCUUUUUUCUUUCUGAGGUGAAGAGCGAGGCCUGGAAGGGCGGUCCUUCGUUAGUAUCUGAGCGUUGUGGGGCCUAUAAUCAAAAGGCCCCUGAACCCUCCUGCAGGACGAGAGAGCUGCCUGCUGCUGUGGAAGAUUCAGCUGCUUGGUCUGAAGGAGCCCUGGAAGCAGAGAAGAGAGAGCAUGUCUGCUGCUAAAGAAGAUGAUGUCUGUAGCCACGUGAAAGUGGUUGUCCGCGUCCGUCCAGAAACUCAAAAGGAAAAAGAUGGCAACUUUGCUAAAGUUGUUCAUGUUGUUGACCAGCAUAUAUUGGUGUUUGAUCCAAAGGAAGAAGAAUUUAGCUUUUUUCAUGGAAAGAAACUGACCCACAGGGAUAUUAAUAAAAGAACAAAGAAAGACCUUAAAUUUGUUUUUGAUGCUGUUUUUGCUGAAAAUUCAACCCAGUUGGAAGUUUUUGAGCAUACAACCAAAGGUGUACUUGAUGGCUUCUUAAAUGGAUAUAAUUGCACAGUGCUAGCAUAUGGUGCAACAGGAGCUGGAAAGACUCAUACAAUGUUAGGCUCCCCUGAAGAUCCUGGAGUGAUGUAUUUAACCAUGAUGGCACUUUAUAAUUGCAUGGAUCAAAUAAAAGAAGAAAAAAUAUGCAAUGUUGCUGUGUCUUAUUUAGAGGUGUACAAUGAACAGAUCCGUGAUCUUCUGGUCAACUCAGGACCGCUGGCUGUUCGGGAAGAUGCUCAGAAAGGGGUGGUGGUUCAAGGGCUAACAUUACAUCAGCCAAAAUCAGCAGAGGAAAUCCUUCAAAUGUUGGAUUAUGGGAAUAAAAACAGAACACAACAUCCCACAGAUGUGAAUGCCUCCUCUUCUCGUUCCCAUGCAGUCUUCCAGAUUUACUUAAGACAGCAAGACAAGAUAGCUAGCAUUAGUCAAAAUGUUUGCAUCGCCAAAAUGUCCCUCAUUGACCUCGCAGGAUCUGAACGUGCCAGUGCUACAAAUGCUAAGGGAGCUCGUUUUAGAGAAGGAGCAAACAUUAACCGCUCCCUGCUAGCUCUUGGAAAUAUCUUUAAUGCCUUGGCAGAUCCUAAGAGCAAGAAACAGCACAUUCCUUAUCGAAACAGCAAGCUCACUCGUUUGUUGAAAGAUUCCCUUGGAGGAAAUUGCCGAACAAUAAUGGUAGCUGCUGUUAGUCCAUCCUUUAUGUUUUAUGAUGAUACCUAUAAUACUCUUAAAUAUGCAAACCGAGCAAAGGAUAUCAAGUCUUCCUUGAAGAGUAAUGUUGUUAGUUUGGACAGCCACAUAAGCCAAUAUGUUAAAAUCUGCAAUGAACAGAAGAAAGAGAUCAUGAUGCUGAAGGAGAAAUUGCGAACAUACAAAGAAAAAGCAAGCAUCCAUCGAAGCCAGGAUUCUUCUGUAAUUUCAAACCAUCAGCAAGUGGAAAUACAAAGAUACAAAGAAGUUCUUAAAAAUGUGUUUGCAAACCGUGAGGAAAUCAGAGAAGAAUACCUGAAGCUGGAAAUGCAGCUGAAAGUCAGUACACUGAAGGCUUAUUAUCAGAAACAGUAUCAUGAACAAACUCAACUGAUAUGCUCUGAAGAAAGAAUAGAGAAGGCCACUUGCAAGCGGGAUCAUAUGCUUGCAAGGCUUAGAACCUACUGUGCACAUGUACAGAAGAAGAAAGAGGAGAAGAUGGAACAUUUUGAGGAAAAUACCAAUUGGCUGCAUCGCGUUGAAACCAAAAUGCGCCUCCUGGAUCAAGGUGGCUGUAUUCCAAAGGAACUGCAUGAAGAUCUUCAGUGUUGCCAUUUAAACCUAGAAGUUAAGGACCUGAAAGCCCAGAUUGAGCACAUGCUGUCUCUAUUGUCCUUUCAAGAUCAGCACUAUAAGCAGAUGGAAAAAGUUCUAAAUGCUUUGCUUCCAGUUCUUCGCAAGCAGUAUCUGACUUUGAAAGAAGCUGGGUUGACAAAUACUUUAACUGAGGCUGAAUUUGGAGAGGUAGAACAGCUGAUUCAAAGACAAAAAUCAGUAGUUUGGGCUGACCAGACUGGGGAUGAUGAACAGAAGGAAAACCGUGAGCUAGACGUGUCAGCUAUCUUUGCAUUCCCACAACUUGUGAACAAGCAGAAGACCCCAUGCUGUUCAACUUCUGGCACACCAUCACAAGAAGCGAAGAGAAAUACGCAACUAGUAGAAUUUGCAGUAACACCACGGAAACAAACUAGACGAAAGCUAAUGGAUUCUCCAGUCAAAACUCCGAGUUCUGCUGCAUCCAAGCACUUCAGCCUCUGUCAUUUGGAGGAUUCUCUCAGCAAGGAAGUUCGACCUAUUGUAUAUACACCAGAAUCUUGCAGAAAACCAAUGCAAAGCAGCUGUUCACAGACUGUGGUAAAACAAGCAUUACACCUGACAGGCCUUCAGGAAACAAAUGAAUGUAAUACAGGUUUUCAGCUGAGAAAGCCCAGUAUUACAGACUCUGUGUGUGAUGUUAUCCUAGACUGUGAUGAAGAUAGAAUGGACUCAACAGUAAUUCUCGGUGAAGAAACAAGUGAAACAAAUGCAAUUUCUAUUGACUCAUCUGCAAAGGAGUCACAACCAUGCAGCGAUAGAAUUCUUCAAAGGUUUGGUCUUUCUUCCUUGAAAAACAAAAAUCCUGCUUCAGUACUUGAGAAGCCCUCGUAUAUGGCAAUGAUUUCAGCUGCUGAGAGAAAACGGAAGGUAUUAAGGUAAGAUGUAGCAGGAAUG